AUGUGUCUCACUACCUUCUGGAAGCACGAAUGUUACAUUUGCCACCACGCCAUCAAGGAGAACGCUUCUCUUCAAGACCCCGCGAUCACCGGUACUUGUUCAGCAGGGUGUGGUGAGCCAGUCCAGGUAAAGCUGCAGUGGCGCCUCUGGAUCUGCCCUCGUUGCGAGGAAGAAACAGCUACUGACCAGCCCAAGUACCCCCCUACAGGGCAGCAGCAGGAGCGCGUCGCUGCGUAUAUGUUCCUGGAUGGAACGGAGCCCCAGAAUCAGUAUCGGCGCCAGGAUAGACCUCAGCGCCGGAAUGAACCUCGUUUCCAGGAUGCUGCGCAGCUCCAGGGUGCUCCACGAGUCCAGGAUGCUCCGCGGUCCCAAGACGCUCCGGGGAACGCGCCUUUUCAGAGCAAUGCAGGCGGUUAUCGCGCCGCUCCGCAGUAUCCUCCUCAGCUUCCUGAGCAACGCCCCCAGCACUUCCAGACAGGUUAUCCUCCUCGUGUCCAGAACGAACCCCGCCGCCAGGGUCGUCGUGAGAGCCAUAGCCAUAGCCAUAGCCAUGGCCACCACCACCACCACCACUACUAG